CGCGACUGCAGCUCACCAGCUGGCGCACGGACUCAGCUGCAGCUCACAGUGAGAGCGCACCCCACCAUCCGCAUGCACGAGUUGGAACCAUGGAUGCGAUCCUUUAUCAGAUCAUAAUCCGCGAGUUGACGGAUUUAAAUUGCACUUUGGUGGACGGCUUUCAAGAUACUUUGUGGGAACACGCGUCUCUGACACUCCCGAGCGCUGACGGUUUCUAUUGUAACGCCACCAAAGAUGAGAUUGGCACCUGCUGGCCAAGGAGCAGCUCCGGGAGAAUUGUUGGGAGACCCUGCCCUGCAGAUAUUAAUGGCGUCAAAUAUAACACCAAUAGGAGCGCAUACAGAGAAUGCAUGGAAAAUGGCACAUGGGCACUAAAGAGCAAUUAUUCAAACUGCGAGCCCAUCUUAGGGAAAAACGGAGUGUAUCCUGUGCAUUACGAGAUAGCACUGAUCAUCAACUACCUGGGCCACUGCAUCUCUGUGGGGGCACUGUUAGUGGCCUUCAUCCUCUUCAUGUGCUUAAGGAGCAUACGGUGUUUGCGGAACAUCAUUCACUGGAACUUGAUUACCACCUUCAUCCUGAGAAAUGUCAUGUGGUUUCUGCUGCAGCUCAUUGACCACAAUAUCCACGAGAGCAACGAGCCAUGGUGUCGUCUGAUGACCACCAUUUACAACUAUUUUGUGGUCACUAACUUCUUCUGGAUGUUCGUGGAGGGCUGCUACCUACACACGGUCAUUGUGAUGACCUUCUCCACAGAUAAACUGCGCAAGUGGGUUUUUCUCUGCAUCGGCUGGUGUAUUCCGUGUCCAAUAAUAAUAGCCUGGAGCAUUGGGAAGCUCUAUUAUGAAAAUGAAAAGUGCUGGUUUGGGACGGAGCCAGAAAAAUACAUUGACUACAUUUACCAAGGGCCUGUCAUACUUGUUUUACUGAUAAACUUUGUUUUCCUCUUCAAUAUCGUCCGAAUACUGAUGACCAAACUGAGAGCGUCAACCACCUCAGAAACCAUACAGUAUAGAAAAGCCGUGAAGGCAACACUGGUGCUGCUGCCUCUGCUGGGCAUCACCUACAUGCUCUUCUUUGUCAACCCAGGGGGGGACGACAUCUCGCAGAUCGUCUUCGUCUAUUUCAACUCCUUCCUGCAGUCUUUCCAAGGCUUCUUUGUGUCUGUCUUCUACUGUUUCCUUAACGGAGAGGUUCGCUCGGCGGUGAGGAAACGCUGGCACCGGUGGCAGGACAACCACGCCCUCCGGGUGCGGGUCGCACGGGCCAUGUCCAUUCCCACGUCUCCAACACGGGUCAGCUUCCACAGCAUUAAGCAUACCACCGCUGUGUGAUAUGAAUACAUACGCAAGCUCAGACACUGGUUUACGUGUGUUGCGCGUUCAACGGCUGUAAUAGCAAACUGCUGUCAAACGGCAUUUUAUCAAGACUUGGGCCCGCCAGGCAAGGUUUCGACGUCUGCAUGCAGCACGUCAUUGGUGGUUUUGCUAAUUGACUCACUCACUGCCUACCAUUUUCAAACCAUUUCCGGUCAUUUUUUUAAAGCAUUUUGAUCGUGAACACUGUAGUGUGUUGUAAUUCAUUAAAUCAUACUUUAUUUAACUAAUUAAUAGAAAGUAAAAUAUUUGACAUUUCAUACACCAACAUUUUAAAGUACGUAUGUAUUUUGCUGUUCCUUCACCUGUGCAUGCCUUGGCCAGCAGGUGGCAGUAUAAUUCGUUGAUACAUACACAAAAAUUGCCCAGUAAGCCGCAGUAAUGGUGAUCCUUUUUUGCAUAUAUACAUAUACAGUAUGUACUAGUAUAUAUAUGGCGGAAAACAGAGACAAGGCUGAAAAAGCAGUUUCUGCUCUUGCACCCCUCUUAAAAAUAAACUGCUGUAUUUUAAGCCAAAAGAACUGUUCUGUUUGAUAGAACAAUAUGUUUAUAUGCUGCCAUAGCAGAUUCAUGGCGCAUUAAGCCUCCGAACUAUUUUUAAUUUGUCCGUUUUACCCUGUAAACCCCGUUUACAGAUGUCGCACAACCGCUUUUGUUUCAACCUAGCCCUUAUAUAUUUCUUAUUCGAAAUGUCUAUCAUUUUUAGCUUUGAAUCAUUAAUUGAUGUCAAAUAUUUAGUUAAAAAACGACUUUAAAAAAAUUACUCACUCGCAUAUUUUGAACUUUUAAACAAAUGACGUCGCAAAGAAAAAAUUGGUGUUUGUAAAUAAGUCGCGGAUAUCUACCUCAUAACUAUCGCGUAAUUGUAUUUAUUUAUUUAUUUUUGUUACUGUCGCAUUUCCCCCGAUAUGUUAGAUGAUAAAUAAUCACUCCAAACAAAGAAAAAAAAAACAUUUAAAAGGGUAAAUAUAUAUAAAAGAAAAUCUCGACCACUCCUUGAUGUCUGCGAUUUCUGCAUCGCGACCCUUGUUAUAUUAUAUUACCAUGUUUCACCAGUAAAAUCCCCCCAAAAAUCCGGGUGUGGCCAUUCACAGCUGUGUCUUGACACUCGUUGAUACAUGCUAUAUGGAUUUUUUGGAUCGAAAAAAGGUAAUUAUGCGAUAAUAUCUCGUUAAAAUCAUGGCGUCUUUUUAAUUAUGCUCUCGCAUGCUCUCACCUCCAGUUUGGGUUUUGCUGUUAAUUUAUUAUUUUUUUUUUUUUUAAAUGCCCUCCAGUUCAAAAUGUUUCUUCCCCUAGAAAAUUGAGAUUUUUAGCUUUCCACUGAUGUAUCAGACAUGCAUAUUGGACAAUUUUGAAAUUUGGCCAAAUUGAGAAUCUCCGAGCGGAAGGUCAAGUCACCUGAGUGUUUUCCGCCAUAUACUAGUAUGUGAGACUAUUAUAAUAUUGUCUGUCUACUUAGUGUUGAAAUUCAUUGAAAUGUUUCUUUCACUUUAGCAUUUUAUUUUAUUUUUUUUCACUUAGCAUUUUAAUUUUCAAUUGAUUUUUUUUAGUUGCACUUUCUUUGAAUGUCUCUUAUGACUGUCAUCAGACUAUCCUAAUCAUGACAUGACACUUAUGAAUAUGAAUGAAUGUGCUUUUGACAGAUGGCAUUAAGUGUCAUUUAAUAAUUCAUGUCACUUUUGAUGCAAAGUUGACAUUGUUUCAAAUGUCUUUAGGUUGGGACUUAGGCCCUUUGCUAGUGUCUGGGUUAAGACAAUGACAUCCGUCAUAAGCAUUCAUUCAGUUUGACGACAGGUGUCAUAUCAUGAUUAACAGGUGUCAUAUAAUUAUCAUGACAGUCUUAUGACACUGUCAUUACAAACAUUGAAAUAAAAUGAUCAAAAUUAUAAAACAUUUAAAAUGAAUAUUACUAAUUCACUGUUGUUUAUUUAUUUAUUUAUUUGCUUAAUAUUUUAAUGUCAACUCUGUGAAGCCCUUUGGGAACUUUUGAUGAUUUGGGGCUAUAUGAAUAAACUAUAUUUGACUAAAACCCCCGCUUUCAUUUUUAGUUUCAUUAGCCUGCCUUUAGUAUGUUUCUUUUAUUUGCUAUUGGCCAAGUUUUGUGUGUGCAACGCGAAGACUCUAAACAGUGGCGUUGCCUUGUCUCUUGGGGCUCCAAUCAAGAAAUCACUGGGGCCUCUACUCCACCCAUGCACACCGCAAAAAAUUGUUUUUUUGAACACAUGAAUGCACAAUAAGGAAACAAUGUAUAAGGUCACAUCUAAAGAAAAAUAAAGAUGGCAGAGAAUAUAAAGCAUUUUCAUUGAAAAAAAUCAUAUAAAUAACGUCAAUUAAAAUAAACCUGCACACUUAAAAUGACAUGUUUAAGUUAGAAGCUUAAGCUUUAUUUCCAAUGGGUAAUUCUUGUCAUUUCUGUAGAAUACAUUUUCACAGCUCUUGGAGGCCCCUUUAUUGGCUGGGGCACCAAGCAACUGCCUAGCUUGCCUGUCCACUAGCCCAGCCUCUGAUUCUAAAUGAGACACCUUUUUUUUGUUUUUGUUUUUUUUAAUCACUUAUUGAGACAUUCUCUGGAUGUUAAAUCAGUGCAGGGGUGGAGUCUCAGCUGUGCGUGCAAAACUACAAGGAGUAAAAAAAAAAAAAAGUAAUCUCCCAGGGAACAACGUUAGGCUUUUGUUGUGGCUUUUUCAAAAUGUAUUUUAAGCACAUCACGGUGACUGCUCGCACAAGCGAGCAGGUGUGCACAAUCUCUAUCUCUUGCUCCUGUGCGCUGAGUGAUGUGUUCAAGAUCAACACAGAAAUAACAGAGCUCACAAUAGAUUCAGAAAAGCUAGCAACAGAACACAGACCCGUACGCACACUCUGAGAUGGAGUGAGCGAGAGAGAGAUUGAGUACAUUGAUAGGAUGAUAUUGACGGUGAAGCCACCAGAUAUGAGCUUCAGGAAGACAGAAGACAAGGUUGAAAGAUGUAAUGAGGGAAAGUUGACUUUAAGUGACCCCUAAAGGGACGAGCAAACCUUCAGAAAUUAAAAAAAAAAAAAAAGUUUUUAUUUUAAAUGUGCUAAGCAAAUAUCAUUUUAUGUUUGACAAAGGAAUAAUAAAAAAAUAUGUUAAAAUUCCUUACAAUGUAUCUUUGGGGGUUUUAACUGUAUAUGACAUAAUGAGAAGGGGUUCAAUGUUUGUGUGCUGUCAUAUAUACAUUUCCACACUCGUGAAUUCUCAUGAGGUGCAAAACUCAAGUGUAGAUAUCAUUAUAUUUGUAUUUUGUACAAGUUUGUUUUAUUAGCCGGAGCAUUAUGCUGUAAACCAUUACUGUAUGGAACUGUCAUAAAUAGUGUGCAGAUAAUAUACAUUUAUCCAGUAAAAACAGUGGUGCCUUAACUUAUGAGUUACUUUGAUGAUCGCUCGUAACUUCUCUUAAAUUAUCUUUCCUCAUUGAAAUGAAGAAAAAUGCUAUAUUUCAGCCUGCCAUAAAAAAUCACAGAAAUUGUUUUGUUCUAUAUUUCUAAUAAAAAUAAAACACAUGCAUGAUAUAACCAAAACCAGUGUCGCUCCUGCUGAUGGUAGAAUGCCUAAUAAUCCUCAGUUAACAGCAGUAACUCCAAAUUGUUUUUGCAGAGGAUAAAUAAUUUAUAUGUGCGUUUUGAUACAUUGUUUGUCUACAUGUGUUGCUACACUGAAUGUGCUCAAAUACCCAUUGCUUAGUAGUUAUAAGGGAUGUAAAGUACGAUGUGAUAUAAUUCCCCAAGGCUGCCAAAGGCAGGGAUUGAUAAAUUACAAGUGGCUAAAAUAGCGUGAGUCAAUGAGUCAAUGGUGCCCGCUUAGCAUGCCAAUAAAAAACGAUAGCAACAGAUCUAACAUAGUCAAAUAAAUUCAAAAUGCGGAUCAUUUUUCAAAAUACCCACACGGCCAAAACAACACGCCAAACUGCUGUAAUUAAUUUCAUUCAGCAGGACUAUUUUCUUUUUUUCUAAAUGCGUCAUGCGACCACAAUAGAGAGGAGUCCUUUGGCCACUCUUGUUCAGUGUGCUGGGAAGUCCCUUUUGUGCCCACAAAAAAAAACAAAAGAAAAAAAAAAAAUCAGCGCUGGAAAAAAACAAUGACAUAUCACGCCGCCCUGCUUGCCUAGACAGCCUGUUCCCUGCAGAGCUGCUGGAUUACAAAUGUUGCUGUUCAUACUACAAUUAUUGAAAUGUUAUGGUAAAUUUUCAUAGCUUUACCCUGAAACCAUAGCCAACACUAUCGAUUGCAUGGCUCAUCGGUGAUUCUCAUGCGUGCAGUGUUGUUAAUCUUACUUUAAAAAAUUAAUUAAGAGUUACAAAUUACUUCUCCCAAAAAGUAAUUGAGUUAGUAACUCAGUUACCUAAAUGUAAGAGUAGUUAGUUACUUAGCAAAGUAACUGGUGCUUACUUCCAUGUUGUUUUCAUUAAAAAAAAAAAUCAUCUAAUGUUGUGAAUCAACCGUCGAAGUUGUUAAAAUUACUUUCAACAUGUGAAAGUUUUAAAACUGUUUCAUCAUUUAAAGAUAGACUCAAGUCAAGGUUUUCUCAAUUUAGGAGUAUUUUAGAUAAAAAGUUACUUAGGUUCGCAAGGAAGUUUCGCUACAACAGAGCCUUCCUGAGAAGUCUACUGUUUUAAGAUGGCGGCCUUUACUAACACUGGCGAGUCUAUUCUCUAUACAUGUGCUAACGCCGACCUGUCUGUCAUUUCACAUCUAGUUCUAUAUAUAUGUGAUAUCUACGUUAGCAUCAUGUGGCCGUAGUUUGUCGGAUGUCGGCCAACUUGGGAGAGGUAUUAUUGGAGCCACCUAGCAUCGCGUUUGCAACGGCAUCACAACUCCCCUCCCUUCUCCCCUACUCCCGUUCUGCUCUCUCGUCUCUGUGAGUCCGUGUCUCUCAGACUUUUUCACGUCAUUCAACCAAGGUAGUAAUGCAUAGUAACGCACGCCUUUACAUCCUCAGUAACGUAAACGGCGUUACCAAGUUGAGAAAAGUAAAUAAUGAGAUUACUCAAUACUGUGAAAAAUAGCGCCGUUAGUAAUGAUGUUAUACACUAACACCGUUAUUAACAACACUGCAUGUGUGAAUAUGUUUUUUUUUUUUUUUAUUGGUAUGCGAAGCAGGCACCAUUGAUUUGCGCUCGCGUAGCAAAGCCCUGAAACUAAUAAAUAUCUUGACAAACUGAACGGAAUUUGUUGAAAUUAACUCAACCGACUAAUUAAGCCCCCACAAAUUGAAGAUUAAGCCUUCUAUAAAAAAAACUUCCACUUUAAAUUCAUUUAUGGGGAAGUCAAUUACUGUACAUGCAAUAACAUUAUUCGGCCAAUGGUACCUCGACAUCUGAUCGCUUCGACACACGAUCUAUUCGACAUCCGACGUAAAUUUUGACUCGCCAUUUGUUUCUACAUCCGACGACAUGCUCGAAAUACGACGAUAUAUGACAGCGGCGCAGUUUCUUUUUUUCCCAUAAGACGGACACAUGGAAGAUUUUCUUGCGACAGCAAUCAACAUGGGUCCAAUAAUGUUAGUGCAGGUGGUGAAAAAAAGGAAAAAGGUGAUGCUAAUCAUUGAAAUGAAGUUGGAAAUAAUAGAAAAAUUUGAGCGUCGUGUGCGCAUCGGUGUACCGGCUCGACAGUAUAGCCGUAGAAUGUCUACUCUCGACGGUCCUUCUCCGUCCUCCGUUCGCCAGUCUUUAUAAGUUAAAGUGACAAUUAUUAUUGAGGUAACAUCGCCAAAAAAAUCGCCAGUUCCGUCAGGUUUCUAAUCACUUAUUCCAUCAACUUGUGCAACACAAAACGCCUACAGUCCCCCGCAGCUGACCAUGUAAAGUGAAAGUGAAAAGUCCUCCCUCACUCUGGCACGUCAACCACGCAGUGCGUUCUGGUACACUACGCAAAAAUACAUCUGCCACAUUAGAACCUGAUUCGUCACAUUAUUACAGGUGUUAUUAUUAUUACUAUUAAUACAGUGGAGCAAAUACGUAUUUAGUCAACCACCAAUUGUGCAAGUUCUCCUACUUGAAAAGAUUAGAGAGGCCUGUAAUUGUCAGCAAGGGUAAACCUCAACCAUGAGAGACAGAAUGUGGGGGGGGGCAGAAAAUCAUAUUGUUUGAUUUUUAAAGAAUUUAUUUCCAAAUUACAGUGGAAAAUAAGUAUUUGGUCAACUACAAACAAGCAAUAUUUCUGGCUGUCAAAGAGGUCUAAUUUCUUCUAAUGAGGUCUGACAAGGCUCCACUCGUUACCUGUAUUAAUGCCACCUAUUUUAACUCAUUAUCGGUAUAAAAGACACCUGUCCACAAUCUCAGUCACAUUCCAAACUCCACAAUGGCCAAGACCAAAGAGCUGUCGAAGGACACCAGAGACAAAAUUGUAGACCUGCACCAGGCUGGGAAGACUGAAUCUGCAAUAGGUAAAACGCUUGGUGUAAACUGUGGGAGCAAUUAUUAGUAAAUGGAAGACAUACAAGACCACUGAUAAUCUCCCUUGGUUGGGGCUCCAUGCAAGAUCUCACUCCGUGGCGUCAAAAUGACAACAAGAACAGUGAGAAAAAAAUCCCAGAAACACACAGGGGGACCUAGUGAAUGACCUACAGAGAGCUUGGACCACAGUAAAAAAGGCUACUAUCAGUAACACAAUGUGCCGACAGGGACUCAAAUCCUGCACUGCCAGACGUGUCCCCCUGCUGAAGAAAGUACACAUCCAGGCCCUUCUGCAGUUCGCUAGAGAGCUUAUGGAUGAUCCAGAAAAGGACUGGGAGAAUGUGUUAUGGUCAGAUGAAACCAAAAUACAACUUUUUGGUAGAAACACCGGUUCUCGUGUUUGGAGAAGAAUACUGAAAUGUAUCCGAAGAACACCAUCCCCACUGUGAAGCAUGGGGGUGGAAACAUCAUGCUUUGGGGCUGUUUUUCUGCAAAGGGACCACGACGACUCAUCUGUGUAAAGGAACGAAUGAAUGGGGCCAUGUAUCGAGAGAUUUUGAGUGAGAAUCACCUUCCAUUAGCACGGGCAUUGAAGGUGGCUGGGUCUUUCAGCAUGACAAUGAUCCCAAACACACAGCCAGGGCAACAAAGGAGUGGCUUUUUAAGAAGCAUUUCAAGGUCCUGGAGUGGCCUAGCUAGUCUCCAGAUCUCAACCCCAUAGAAAAUCUGUGGAGGGAGUUGAAAGUCCGUGUUACCCAACGACAGCCCCAAAACAAUGGGCCAAAAUUCCAGCAACAGUGUGUGAAAAGCUUGUGAAGAAUUACAGAAAACAUUUGGCCUCCGUUAUUGCCAACAAAGGGUACAUACUGUAACAAAGCAUUGAGAUGAACUUUUGGUAUUGUCCAAAUACUUAUUUUCCACCACGAUUUUCAAAUAAAUUCUUUAAAAAUCAAAAAAUGUGAUUUUCAGUUUUUUUUCCACGUUCUGUCUCAUGGUCGAGGUUUACCCAUGUUGACAAUUACAAGCCUCGCAUAUAUUUUCAAGUGGUAGAACUUGCACAAUUAGUUGUUGACUAAAUACUUAUUUGCCCCACUGUAUAUUAUUAUUCCAAUUUUUAUUCACAAUUUACUUGUUUUGCUCUGUGUAAUUGCUAUUUGCAAUCGUACCAGCAGUAUUUAUUAUGGAGUUAGUGUAGGUUUUCGGGCAGUGGAACGAAUUAAUGGGAUUAUAAUUUUUCUUAAGGGAAACUCCUGCUCAACAUACAAACAUUUCGACUCACAUACAAACAUUUCGACUCACAAACUUGGUCCUGGAACAAAUUAACAUCGUAUGUAGAGGUACCACUGUAUUACAACAAUUUUUGUGUAAGGGAUUUUCUUCAUUUUCACGAGAAGAGAUUAUUUAAAAUACGAGUGCUUAGAGUUGUCGACAAAUUGAACUCGUAUCGCAUGGCACCAAAGUAAAAGUAUUUGUGUGAAAACGAUAAAGAACAAAGUCAUUUGCUCCAAACUUGUUUUGCUAAGAAUCUACAAAGUCAAGUAAAAAUGUACUUAGAUAAUAACUUUUUCCAUGUCCAUGCCUCAUUGUUUACGAUGAAAAAUAACAUAUUUGGCAAACGCGUGUGCAUAUGUAUGUAUGUAUGUAUAAGUGUAUAUAUGGAGGGAGAGAAAAAUUGUGGAUUUGUUUGACAGCUAUUUGUUAAGUCACCUGCUUUGCCUUAUAAUCAAUGUAUGUGUGUGCUUGCCUGUGAGUGAGCAAGAGGGAGAUGAAGAAAUAUUUGUAAAUGAUGUCCUGGUGUCACUAAAUAUAUAAUUUUUACAUUUACAAAUCUAAUAUUCUGAACAAUUUCGAUAAUAAAAUCUAUCUGUCAUAUUUUUGUGCUCUGGCCUCUUUCCUUUCAUGCUGUGUUGUCUUUGCAUUUUGGAUAUUUAUCAUUUCUCAAAGAGUACAUUUUGGGCAGUUGACAAUGUUAGCAUCUCAAUAGCAUUAUGUAUUUUUUGAAUUAGAGGUAAAGGAAAACCCCAAUUCCAAUAUAUUGGAAGGUUGUGUAAAAGGUAAAUAAAAUGAAAAUGCAAUGUUUUUUAAAUCCUUUUCCACCUUUAUUCAACUGAAUGCAAUACAAAGACCAUUUAAUGAUAUGAAGUGGAGCAGAAACUUUGUGUCCACACUCACAUAAAUACACUCAGGACCUAGUUGCACCCUACGGCCCCCUCCCCUGAACAGCCAGCUAAAACAGCUCUGAAGCACUAUAAUAAUGGCCUGUUCUGACAAAUACUGCUUCCCAUGCUUGACAACAGUAGGAGGGACAUGAUGCAACGGCAGUAUCAAGUCGCAGUAAAAAGUGCAGUACAGUAGACUUCAUUGUGCCCGCGGCAUCUUUGUGUCCUUGUUAAAACGUGUCGACAGCAAUUAGCUUCAAUGCAAAAAGGGGCUGUGUUUGUAUUACCAUGUAUGUGAUAACUUCUAAUAACACUGCUUCUUUACUACCAGUGCCUUGUGAUACUCCUAGUCAGUGGUUAAUUUGUUAAUCAUUGCAGGAUUCUCAACUCUCACGCAUUUCUGGCCAUUCUCACACAUGAAACCACUAAUUACAUUUCUCAUGCCCCCCAAAAAUAUAGGUCGACCAUUGUCAUAAUGUAAAAAUAAAAUCAAGUCACCGGACCUUGAAAAUUGUUCCAUUUACAUUUGCUGCGCAGCCAUCCAGCUGAUCUAAAGAACGUGCACUGUCAGUAUAAUGCUGUCCAUGCGGCGUAUGUAACUGGCGGGCAACUUGCGCCGAGCGACUUUUCUAGUGGGGUCUAUUGUAGUGGACGUAAGGUGAGUGAUUUUACCCACUAUACUACUCCUCACUCACUGAAGUCUUGCCAGAUUUACAAACAGCUUAGUUUAUAACAAACCAUAUUUACGUGGCUACCAUUCUAGGAUUUUGAGAAAAUGUUACAGAUACUUUAGAAUUUGCAUUAAAAUCACUGCAUCUCUGAUGUAUAUGACAAACCAAGCCGUUUGAAAGUUGAGCAAUAUCUAUUAACGAGUUUCCUAGGUAAUGCCAUUUUACUUCCGCAUUUCUGUUCGCGGAUUCCGUUUUACACUUUCUCUAACCAAAACAACAGUGGAGGUGGAGUGGCACUCCUCAUCAAAACCCCUCAAAAAGACAAUUUGGAAAUGCCGCAUCCAUCUGCCAUCAUCACGACAUAGGAGGACAACAUGAAGAAAUUGCUAAGAGUCGCCACAACAUAAAUAGUUUUGUAUUUUAUUGAUUAAAUGGCAGUGGAUGGAAACGCAUUCAGGGACCUGAAAAUCUCCAAAGCAUCCAGUUGAA